AUGGAGCAACUGACAACCCUCCUACGGCCUGGCAACCCUGGAGCCAUGGAGCCAUGGACACUGCCUGCUUGGCAGAACUGGACUCUGGGCCAUGGGGGUGAACCUGGAGACGCAGCCCCAAACAUUGCUGAUACUCCUCCAACAGCUGUGCAGGUUAGAGAACUGAGGCCUGAGGAGAAUUCUGGGCAUGAGAAAACCCAGAGCCCCACUGACCCUGAAGGAGCAGAGGUUGUGCUACCCAGCCUGGGACGGCAAGCAGUGAGCUCUGGACACAGCUGCCCAAGACUGGAGGAUGAGGAAGUGGAAGUUUUGCCAGAGGACAAGCUGAACAUGGGCUUCAGGGACAGGCCCAAUCUGGAGCUGCUGAGGGCCCUGGGGGAGCUGCAGCAGCGCUGUGCCAUCCUUAAGGAGGAAAACCAGAUGCUGAGAAAGAGCAGCUUCCCUGAGACGGAGGAGAAGGUGCGGAGGCUGAAGCGGAAGAAUGCCGAGCUGGCAGUCAUUGCCAAGCGCUUAGAGGAGAGGGCCCAGAAGCUUCAGGAAACGAACCUGAGAGUGGUGAGUGCCCCCAUACCCCGACCCGGGGCCAGCUUGGAGUUGUGCCGGAAGGCCUUAGCCCGCCAGCGAGCCCGGGACCUCAGUGAGACAGCCAGCGCUCUACUGGCCAAGGACAAGCAGAUUGCUGCCUUGCAGAGGGAGUGCAGGGAGCUGCAGGCCAGGCUCACCCUGGUGGGCAAGGAGGGUCCCCAGUGGCUUCACGUGCGGGACUUUGACCGGUUGCUGCGCGAGUCCCAGCGAGAGGUGUUGAGGCUGCAGAGGCAGAUCGCCCUGCGUAACCAGCGGGAGCCGCCGCCUCCGCCAUCCCGACCCCCAGGCCUCCCUGCCCCUGUCAGAGCAGGGGCUCCGACCCCCGGGGCCCCGGGAGAGGCCACGCCCCAGGAGGAUGUGGACAGUCCACCUGUGGUCCUAAGGGAGCCUGAGAAACUUCAGAGGGUGCAGCAGCUGGAGUCUGAGCUCAGUAAGAAGCGGAAGAAAUGUGAGAGCCUGGAGCAGGAAGCCCGGAAAAAACAGAGGCGAUGUGAGGAGCUGGAACUGCAGCUGAGAGAAGCCCAGAAUGAAAAUGCUCGUCUGGUUGAGGAGAACUCCCGGCUCAGUGGGAGAGCCACAGAGAAGGAGCAGGUGGAGUGGGAGAAUGCGGAGCUGAGGGGCCAGCUCCUGGGAGUGACACAAGAGAGGGACUCAGCCCUUCGUCAGAGCCAGGGCCUGCAGAACAAGCUGGAGAGCCUGGAGCAAGUGCUGAAGCACAUGCGGGAGGUGGCCCAGCGGCGACAGCAGCUGGAGGUGGAGCAUGAGCAGGCCCGGCUCAGCCUGCAGGAGAAGCAGGAGGAGGUCCAGAGGCUGCAGCAGGCCCAGGCAGAAGCCAAGAGGGAACAUGAAGGAGCGGUGCAGCUGCUGGAGUCUACCUUGGAUUCCAUGCAGGCCCGGGUUCGAGAGCUUGAGGGACAGUGCCGCAGCCAAACUGAGCGCUUCAGCCUCCUGGCACAGGAGCUCCAGGCCUUCCGUCUGCACUCAGGCCCCCUGGAUCUGCUCACUUCUGCCCUGGGCUGCAGUGCUCUUGGGGACCACCCACCACCUCCCUGCUGCUGCACCAACCCUCAACCCUGCCGGGGGUCUGGCCCCAAAGACCUUGACCUCCCGCCGGGCUCCCCAGGGCGCUGCAUCGCAAAGUCUUCCGAGCCUGUCCCUGCCACCCUUAUUGGGGUUCCUCGAAGGACAGCCAAAAAAGCAGAGUCUCUCUCUAACUCCUCUCGCUCUGAGUCUGCCCACAACAGCCCCAAGUCAUGCCCUACACCAGAGGUGGACACAGCCAGUGAGGUGGAGGAGCUGGAGGUAGACAGCAUCUCCCUGCUCCCAGCAGCACCAGAGGCCAACCCGGGAGGAUCCAGAAUCCAGGUCUUCCUAGCACGCUAUAGCUACAACCCCUUCGAGGGCCCCAAUGAGAAUCCAGAGGCGGAGCUUCCACUGACGGCUGGUGAAUAUAUCUAUGUCUAUGGCAACAUGGAUGAGGAUGGCUUUUUUGAAGGGGAGCUCAUGGAUGGCCGAAGAGGCCUGGUCCCUUCCAAUUUUGUAGAGCGUGUGUCUGAUGACGACCUUCUGACCUCCCUCCCUCCGGAACUGGCCGAUUUGUCCCUCAGCUCAGGCCCUGAAUUCAGUUUCCUGAGCGGAGGCGGGGGUGGCAGCAGUAGCGGGGGCCAGAGCAGCGGGGGACAUAGACAGCCCAGACUGGAGGAGGAGGAUGCAGGGGAUGAGCCCAGUCUAAGCCCCCAACCUGAGGGCCUGGGUGAGCCUCCUGCUGUGCCUUACCCCCGCCAUCUGGUGGUCCUCAAGCAGUUGGCCCACAGUGUGGUGCUGGCCUGGGAGCUGCCACCUGAGCAAGUAGAACUUCACGGCUUCCAUAUCUGCGUGAAUGGGGAGCUGCGUCAGGCCUUGGGGCCCAGGGCACCUCCCAAGACUGUGAUUGAAAACUUGGACCUGCGGACUGGGCCCCUCCAUGUUUCUGUCCAGGCCCUGACCAGUAGGGGCAGCUCUGACCCUCUGCGUUGUUGCUUGGCUGUGGGUGCUCGGGCUGGGAUAGUACCUAGCCAGCUGCGGAUCCAUCGGUUGACAGCCACAUCUGCUGAGAUCACCUGGGUGCCCAGCAAUAGCAACUUGGCUCAUGCCAUCUACCUCAAUGGGGAAGAGUGUCCACCUGCCCGCCCCAGCACCUACUGGGCCACCUUCUGCCACUUGAGGCCUGGCACACUCUAUCAGGCCCAAGUAGAGGCUCAGCUCCCACCCCAAGGGUCCUGGGAACCAGGCUGGGAGAGGCCGGAGCAGCGGACUGCCACUCUACAGUUCACCACACUUCCAGCAGGCCCACCUGAUGCCCCCCUGGAUGUGCAGAUUGAACCGGGGCCCUCCCCUGGAAUCUUGAUCAUCAGCUGGCUCCCUGUCACCAUUGAUGCUGCUGGUACCUCCAACGGUGUCCGGGUCACAGGCUAUGCCAUUUACGCUGAUGGGCAGAAGAUCAUGGAGGUGGCCUCACCCACAGCAGGAAGUGUGCUGGUGGAGUUGUCCCAACUGCAGCUGCUCCAGGUGUGCCAAGAGGUGACUGUGCGUACCAUGUCGCCCCAUGGAGAGUCGGCUGACUCCAUUCCGGCUCCUAUUGCUCCAGCCCUGACUGCAGCCUGCCUGCCAGCCAGGGUCACCUGCCCCUCACCACGACCAAAUCCAGAGGUCAAAACACCCCUUGCUCCAGCCUCCCCAGGGCCUGGGGAUCCCAGUUCUCCCCUACAGCAUCCUGCCCCUCCUGGAACUCAGGAGCCCCCAGGAGGCCCCCCAGAAAGCCCUUUCAGGGAGAUGCCCAAAGGAUCCCAGGAGGAACUUCCAGCACCUUGCUUCCAGGAGGAGGCUGGGAAAGUUGUGCUGGGUGCCUUAGAAGAGAGGAGGACCAGUGAGCCAACCCUGGGUGAGGGGAGCCCUGGCCCUGUGACUCCUACCCUUCCUGGCCAGGCUGAGUGGGCUUCAGGAGACACUGGCCCCACGCCCUGCUCUACCCAAGGAGCUCUGUCCCAGAGGGUGCCAAGUACUGAGGCCUGCGUUGGAGGAGACCCAGGGCUGACACCCAGGGCUGAGAGAGAAGAUACAGUGGAGCUUGAGGCUCAUGUGGCGAACUCCCUUGUGGAUCAUGGCCGCAACUCAGACCUGUCAGACAUCCAGGAGGAGGAGGAGGAGGAGGAGGAGGAGCUGGAAGAGGAGGAGGAGGAGGAGGAGGAGGAGGAGCUGGAGCUGGGUUCCAGAACUUGCUCCUUCCAGAAGCAGGUUGCUGGCAAUAGCAUCAGGGAGAAUGGGGCCAAGCCCCAGCCCGACCCCUUUAGUGAAACUGACAGCGAUGAGGAGAUCUUGGAGCAGAUCCUGGAGCUGCCCCUCGAGCAGUUCUGCAGCAAGAAGCUUUUUAGCAUCCCUGAGGAAGAGGAAGAGGAAGACGACGAGGAGGAGAGGCCAGGAGCCAGCUGUUCUUCCCAAGACCUUGACCAGCCUGAACCUGCAUUGCUGGGGUUAGGCUGUGACAGUGGUCAGUCCCAAGGACCUGGCCUGUGUCCCCUGUCUCUUGAGCCCUCCAGGGCCAGAGACCGCCCAGAAGAUACACCCGGACUAGUUGGUGGAAUCACCCGAAGGAGAGGAGGUGGCUCCCCUGAGAAGCCACCAAACCGCAGGCGACCUCCAGAUCCCCGUGAACAGUGUAGCCGGCUUCUCAGCAAUGGCGGGUCCCAGGCCUCUGCACGCCCAAGCCUCCCACGGGACAGGGUUGGCCUCCCUGUGGUUGAAGGCACCAGGGGUGGACUAGAGGCUGGUGGAAGAGGGAGGCAGAGCCUUUCCUGGAGGUGCCCCCGUGGCCCAGCCCCAGAAUCCAGCCUGGCCAGCUGCCUUUCCCCCAAGUGCUUGGAAAUCAGCAUUGAAUAUGAUUCUGAGGAUGAGCAGGAGGCGGGCAGUGGGGGCAUCAGCAUUAUUAGCUCCUGCUACCCUGCAGAUGGGGAGACCUGGGGUGCAGCACCUAUAGGAAGGUCCAGGGGGCCUCUGAAGGCCAAUUCAGGCCCCAACUCUUACCCACGCCUCCCAGCCUGGGAGAAAGGGGAACCAGAGCGGAGAGGCCGCAGUGCAACUGGCAGAACCAAGGAGCCACCCUCCCGGGCAACAGAGACUGGGGAGCCCAGAGGGCAGGACAGCUCUGGGCGGAGGUAUCCCCAGAAGAGAGGGACUCGGGUGCCCAGGCUAGGUGCCACUGAGCUGGCCCCUCCAAGAAGCCCCCCAGAAGUACUGGCUCAUCAGGACCCACCUGUGAGAGUCUUUGUGGCUCUGUUUGACUAUGACCCUGUGUCAAUGUCACCCAACCCUGAUGCUGGAGAAGAGGAGCUCCCCUUCCGGGAGGGUCAAAUCCUGAAGGUGUUUGGGGACAAAGAUGCUGAUGGCUUCUACCGGGGUGAAGGUGGGGGCCGGACAGGCUACAUCCCCUGCAACAUGGUGGCUGAGGUGGCUGUGAACAGUCUGGCAGGGAGACAACAGCUGCUUCAGUGGGGUUAUUUGUCUCCAGAUGUUCUUGUUGAGGGCUCAGGGAACAGUCCCUUUGGGAACUCCACAGCCCGCACAACUGGGCCUCCCCCUAAGCCCCGGCGUUCCAAGAAAGAGGAGUUGGGAGGCCCUGCCCAGCCCUGUCUAGGACCCCCCAAGCUGAUCCCGUCUGCUGGCCUGAAAGCCCCCCGCCCCAUGGUGGCAGCAUUUGACUACAACCCUCGGGAGAACUCCCCCAAUAUGGAUGUGGAGGCAGAGCUGCCUUUCAGGGCGGGGGAUAUUAUUACUGUGUUCGGGAACAUGGAUGAUGAUGGUUUCUUCUAUGGAGAACUGAAUGGACAAAGGGGCCUGGUUCCAUCCAACUUCCUGGAAGGUCCUGGGCCUGAGGCAGGCAUCCCAGACAAGGAGCCUGGGACAUCACAGGCGGAGAGUCAGAGAACGAGAAGGAGAAGAGUCCAGUGCUAA